AUGAGUGACAAAACUGAAGUCGACGAUACAGCUGGCUCUGUCGAUCUUGGACCAACACUGCUAAGGUUCCCUCCCUUUCCCCCCGUCCCCGAUGGCGUCACUAUCGCGCCCUUCAAAGACUUCAAAGCUUCUGGCUACACACGCACGAUAGCGCCCCUUUCUGACAAUGAAGCACGCUGGUCCGGUUUGACCCCUCGGGAGGUUGAGGUCGACGCAGCGUACGGGAUACCAACGAUCAGGUUGACCACCGAGGAAGAGCGAAAGAAACUUCAGAAGGCAAAGAAGCGAAAGCGUAUUGCAGGCACUCAAAAAGAUGAGGAAGGAAGGGUCGUAACGUGGUGGGAGGAGUGGGCGGCUGGUGAGGAGAAGCGCAGGACAAGUUUUCCGCUUGCUGGGGGCAUGCAGUACACUGAGCGUGUACACCAGGCUGCGGACGACUUUCGAGCAGGGCGUCCGUGGCCGACGGUUUCGACGCGUGUGCGCCUGAUGUGGGACCAUUUUGGCGUCUUCAUUGGGUUGCUUGACUGCCUCCCCGUUUACCGCAAAGUAAAACCCAAUAACAAGCCUGACGUGCAGCGGCCCAUUGAGCAUGACGAUAUCCCAUCCGACGAGGACGUUGCACCAAACACUUCUCAGAUAUCUCCUGGAACCGUAUCCCCCAAGCAGGAACCCAUCCCAGUUGCAACUCGCACCGUUGAUCAGGACAUCGUGCAAGACUAUAUGGAACCAGUCUGGCAGCCGAACAAGCGUGCGAUGCCGGCCGGCGAGGAGGGGGUGCUCACGGAGAAGCUCAGACGGCGAAUGAAGGUAUUCGUGGAUGAUAUAGAGGGUGGCGUAAAGAUGUUUCUGGGUGCAUAUAUGCGCGACAAGGGUCUUAUGUGGUCGUCUCAAAACCUGAACAUCGCACCCAUCAUUAUAUCCUUCUUCCUCCGCUUUCUCCUUAGAAACGCCGUGUUCGAAGACUCAAGGGAUCACUCAGACUCGCUCAAACGAGCGCUCUUUGUCGCAGAGCUCGCCAAGCACGAGCUGCCGCGCACGGCGCGCAUCGGGUUAGCUCUCCCAGAUGCUUUCAGCGUCGCGAGUGUUGCCUGCUGGGGUGCACAAGCGACUGCGACGACGAUGGGAGAGCCGGACAAGGCGCUGGAGACAUCGCUCGAGGAAAGCUCACGGACGGACACGGGUGAACUCGCUGCCAAGGUCGAGUAUAUUCACAGUCUAGGCGAAGACGCCGAAGUCGUUCCUGCUCAGACGGUCCUACAUUCUGUCACCGCACAGCAGGUGCUCGAGGACAAAGGUCUCGCUUCAUCUAACCGCUCUGCCUUGGGAUUUGAGGCAGUAGAAUCCACGACACAAGGCACGCUAUCUAACGACCCAUGGCCACCCUCCCCCUCCAUCGCGGCUUCUGUUGUCGCCAAUGGCGCAAUCGCGGACAACUCUCUCAAUGAGGGCGACACUUCAGAUUGGACAUCCCCCACUACCUGUUCCCUUCUCUCCUUUAUCGGCGGACCCUCUGUCCUUCCACUUACGCACACAACCGGCGUCGUCGAGCGCUCGACCCGUCGCGUGCGCGCGAUUGUCAUGCCGUACACCCAGGUUCUCCCCGCUACGUCUGUCUUCGCGCCAAAGGGGAUCUUCGCGGGGCUCGCGAGGGUUUAUUUCGGGCCUUGGUGGUUCUCGCGCGAGGAUGCGGAGAACGAAGCGAGAGAGGGAGCGGAGAUCAGAGCACCGGAGGUGCUUAGCAGAGGCCGGAUACGGGCCGAGGAAGAAGGUGAUCAACAGGGGUACGAUGAAUACAGGGACGACGUGAUGCUUCUCAUGCAGCCUGAGGCGGCAGAGACGCUGGGUCUGGGGAUGGGCCUGCAAGGGGUGUGGGUGCAGGCCAUCCGACGGAGCGAUGAGACAUCGAUGGUAGACGAAAAUAGGGGCACACAGGAAGGGUGGUGGUAUGCCGAAGGUGUAAGCGCCGCAUUUCCAAGCUACUUCGUGGAUAUGCCUCAGGAGUGGGAUAACACUCAAGUCGGCAGGGAGGCGAGCGAUGAGGAGGAUUGAGCUGCGACUGGAGAGGUAUAGUCAAAGGUUCAAUGGUCUGUACUCAUGGAUGUUGUACACUAGACUGCAAAUCACGCAUGCCAUGCCAUGCC